CUCUGGGGCAGGAAGGGCCCUAUGGCAGAAAGGGCCCUGGGCUUGUUGCUAUACUCCGUUUUGGGGCCAAACACAAAAAGCUGCUUUGUAGAGAAAUCCGGGGCCAUGGCGCUUGCGGCCGCAAAGCAGUGUCUAUUCCGCCAUCGGACUGGUGUCGUGGUUCCGUACCAGUGUGGGCAGGACGGUUGCAAGCAACAGUCGGAAUUGUUCUGCGCGGUGAUGGACCGAUCCGUGGGGUGUGAAAAUUGCGGUGCCCAGACAUGAUGACCAAACAGUCCGAGGUGAUUUGCCUAUCAGUGGUGGUUUCUUGAUUUAGAGGAAUUCAGCAAUUUGCUGGAACUGACUAACCCAGUGGAAUUACCGAUCCGCUGAACUCACCAUCUGCUGAAAUAACCAAUCCGUCGUGGUUGACCGUUGUGCUCAUUGUAUACGGAAGUCUUGAUAAGCAUGUUGUACAACUAGCCGAAAUGAGCAAAAUAACUUUACAACCGAUGCGUGAUGUGUUCCACAGAUAUGGAGGUGUUUGGUGCAGUAAUUUGGUGACAUGUCGUGGUUAGUAUGUCGUGGUUGAUAUACGUCGUGGUCAGUAUUUCGUUGUUAAUAUAUGCCGUUG